AUGAACGAUCUUUAUGUGGAGCCUGCUCGGCAAAUACUGGGUCAACUGACCAAUCGUCGCUUCUUUAACCCCUCAUCAUGCCCUUCGACUCCUGAUCAGACUUCUAUCCGCAUCCUGAUCAGACUUCCACCCGACGCCUGGUCAGACUUCCCUCAGGCUUCGGUUCAGAUUCUGCCCAACCUUUCCGUUAAGUUCAUCGCCCCACAAAGGUCUGCAACUAUGGACAAGCCACUUGAUCUGUCAGAAAACGAUCGCUUCUACCUUUUUGGUGUAGGUUGCGACAAUAAUGAUUAUACUGCAAAAGUCCGAGCUGCCCAGUGCUUCUACGAGGUCCGGAAGCUAGCUGACGCUCAAAAAGCUAAGCUGGCACAACUUGGCCGGAGACAAUUUGCGAGAAAUCAUGCGAUGAUACAGGGGAACAUGAUCAAAUCUCUGACUGAUAGCGAAUACUCUCAACUUCUUCUACCUCUUGUUACGAAGGACUUAACGUUGAGCGGACUUAAGACUUUCAUUCUGGGCUGUUAUACCUUAACUCCGGGCUUGACCAAAGACCUCACGGCACGUGGCCUCACGCCUUUGUUUCCAGGAUUGUUCAAAGACGUAAUAGGCGUCGUCUCUAUCUUACCAGACACUUUGGAAGAGAUAGUGCAACUUAUCGGAAAGAUUUGCGGGCAAAAUCAUUCAGGUUGGAGCACAGCCCUUUCCAACGCGCUUGACGUCGUGCUUGACGUCGUGACGAAUCCGCGUAUAAUGUCUCAAGAAUCUCCGCAUGAGCCCGCAACCAUGCCCACCGACACGGGCUCGUUUUGUGAUGUUGGUGAGACUGGCUGUCUGCAAGUUUCACGGGAUGCAUUAGAAGCUGCCAUGAAUGAUACAAUCGAUCCAAAUGAAAUACCACAUGCCGCUGAGCGAGGGAGAGCCGUCAUACAAAUGAUAGGUGCAGACGCAAGUCGAGUUGAGAAACUCUUCGAGAACUCCCCGAUUUUGGAUGCGAUCAAGACAAGCCGUCAAUGGCGCUGGGAAAGAUUGAAAGAUGCAUCCUCCGGGCAGUUGCAGCAGCAAACAAAUUCUAUUAUCGCGCUGGUAUAUCCGAACGAAAUAAAUGACAUAUCAUUGGUUAUCAAGGUUGGGUAUAUGGCUGGUUGGGAGAUCAACACGUAUCUGAAAUACGAUAGUUCAAAUGAACAGAGAACUUAG